UGAAGACGUACCUUUCCUAACUAGUUCUAAGGCAAAACAAGUACUAACUACUGCAACCCAUUAUUAAGAGCGGACAUCCCACAUCCCACUCCGCGGGACAACCACCAACAACAAAGAAUAAAACACUGGGUGCCGCCAAUCGCGCACCUAUCGAUGAAACCAUGGGAAAGGGAACAGACAAAUUAUACAUCACGCACUCGGAAUGGGCGUCGUCAGAUUCCUUCUCGGCCAGCAGCGGCGCCCGGGACCGGCCCGGCGAGGGACGGUUCAAGAAGCUGCCCUUUAACUUUUGCGCCGCCAGCCUGCAGCCCUUUAAGAACCCCGUGUGCACCAGUGACGGGACCAUAUUUGACGUCGAGGUGAUCAGUGCGUGGCUGGAAAAGAGCAAGACGAACCCGGUUGACGGCGAGCCGCUGGCCGCGCGGGACCUGAUUAAGCUCAACUUUGCGCGUAACGCCCAGGACGACCUGAUCGACCCCGUCUCGUACAAGGUCUUUACCGACAACACACACAUCGUCGCCGUGCGGCACGGUGCCUAUGCCAACGUCUUUACGUGGGACACGGUCGAGCGCAUGAACGUCAAGGCCAAGAUGUGGCGGGACCUGGUCGACGACGCAGAGUUUGGCCGCGCCGACAUAAUUACUCUCCAGGACCCACAAAACGCCGCCGCGAGAGACCUAUCGCGGUUCAGGCACCUCAAGGACGGCGGCGAGGCCCUGCAGACCAGGGAGCAGGAGGAGGAGAGGAAGGCGGGUAACGUCAACGUCAACGCCCUAGGGAGGAUAGGCGAGAAGGUCCUCCGGGCUAAGGAGGCGGUCGAGAAGGCGAGGGAGGCUGGCGUUGAUGUGAACUCCACAACGAAGAGCCAGGCAUUGCUAGCAAAGGCUUCCGGUGCAGCAAAUGGUCGACAAGCAGCACAGUCGCAUGCCGCCAGGAAACUACCCGCCAACGCGGCUGCGUACACAACCGGCAAAGCCGCAGCAUCUUUCACCAGCACUAGUCUUACGCCCGAGAAAAGUGGCGAGAGGGCACUUUUGUCAAACGAGGAAUGGAUGCUCAAACCCAAGCGGGUAAAGAACCAAGGGUACGCCAGGAUAGAAACAAACAGCGGCGACUUGACCAUUGAGCUGCACACCGACACUGCGCCAAAGGCCGUGUGGAACUUUGUCAAACUGGCUCAAAGGGGCUACUACGACGGCAUCACGUUUCACCGAAACAUCCGUAACUUCAUGAUUCAAGGUGGCGACCCCACGGGGACUGGUCGAGGAGGCAGCAGCAUAUGGGGCAAGAAUUUCGAAGACGAAUUCGACGGGCCCCGCACGCAUAAUGCAAGAGGCAUCAUGAGCAUGGCAAACAAGGGCAAGAACACAAACAGCUCACAAUUCUUCAUAACCUACCGGGCCACAAAACAUCUGGACCGAAAGCACACUAUUUUCGGCAGGGUUGUUGAGGGAUUGGACGUGCUAGACAAACUGGAGGAUAUACCAACUGACGGGUCUGACAGACCGCUUCACAAGAUUGCCAUUAACAAGGUCACCGUCUUCAUCGACCCAUUUGAGGAGUUCCUCAGAGAGAAAGGUCAAAAGGAAGAGGCCGAAGCGCAAAAGGCCGAGGAACAGCGGCAUGGCGGGUCCUACGAUGACCAUGUCACCUGGACCGGUAAGAGGAUCAGGGGGGACAACGGGCAGGCUUUGUCCAAUGACACCAAUGUCGGUAAAUAUUUGAAUAUAGAGGCCACCACAAAAGACAGCUCAGCGCCGGAUGAUGGUGCAGGGUUGGAAGCAGAAGACUGGGAGCAGCCGGCGAGGAAAAAGAUGAAGCCUGGUGGCUUUGGAAACUUUGACAGUUGGUAGACGAAUCUAUAACGACUUGUACGAUGGUUACAGAACAAAAUGGAUACCCUUACUUUUGACGUUCGUUACUAGUAUCUUCCUUGUUGUGACAUCAUAUCAUUGGACCAAACCAGCUGUUGAUACCGGUACCAGCAAGGAUCAAAUACAAGCAUGCGCUUAUUGGUAGAUGUGGUAUGCUAUAAGACAAAUAAUAAAAGAGUGUGACUUCAAGAACAAGA